AUGACAGUGUCCAUAUCCUCUCAUUAUAUAGGUCUGGAGCUGACUGUAUACCUAGAGACGGAUAAAUACCUUCCAGGUAUCACCAGUGGUGAAGGUGCUCAGGUGGUGAUACACGAGCAGGGUACAGUCCCUUUCCCUGACGAGGAAGGGAUUGCUGCAGCAUCAGCGGCUCAAACUCUGAUAGGAUUGAAACAGUUGUGCCAGAAGAUCUGCCAGGCAAACAAGGUCAGGGCCGUCUGUAACUGUUACGACACAAGUAACCUGGAAGUUAACGACGUAAUGAAGAUUCCAGACACUCUCAAACCCUGUACAAAUCAAUCAGAACUGCAGUGCGUUACCCGACUUUCGUCAAAUGUUUCAAACGAUGAUACAAUAUGUGAUUGUUCAAGUCCUUGCAGGUAUGACUUUCUGAAGCUCAACAUUUAUUUUGAAGAUUUGAACUAUGAGAGGAUAUCUGAACAACCUGACUACGAGAUUAUCCAGAUGUUCUCUGACGUGGGUGGUACCAUUGGACUGUGGAUAGGCUUGUCUCUCUUGAGCCUAUUUGAGCUCCUACAUCUGAUCGUUGAUGUUGUUGUACUAGUGGCCACCCACAUGUGCAGAAAAAUUUAG